AUGGUGAAAACUACUCGGAGUUCGAGAAGAAAGCCAAAUGCAAAAGUACGAUUCGAUAAUAUACCAUUACAAUUAAGUGAAAUGCCUGCUCCAUCCACGAAUAGUGUUAGGAAUGGAUCAGCAAUCUUGCAGUUGUUAUUGGCAAAUCGUGAAAGUAUUGCGGAUUUGGAUACCACCAACUUACCUAGAAUGAUUGCACUUCAAAGAGGUCCGAAUGGUUUUGGAUUUGUUGUACGUGGUAAAAAAGGAAUAUCUGGAAAUUUUACACCAUGUCUUGAGUGUCCAGCAUCACAAUACCUUGAGAAAGUUGAACCCCAUAGUGCAGCAAGCAAGGCAGGUUUGAAAGCAGGUGAUUUUAUAUUGGAGGUAAAUAAUAUCAACGUUACUACAAUGUCACAUGAAGCUGUUGUCUCACUUAUUAGAGGUUCCAGUGAUAUUUUAGGUCUAAAAGUGAUAACUGUUGACUCGGAUCAAAUUAAUUCAACUCCCAAAUUAUCACAUCAGUCCGCAAAAAGUAACAAAUUUUACGAAUCUUCAGACAACAUUUACAGUUCAAAAGCAAAAAAGUCCAAUUAUGAGGAUAAGUUUUCAAACAAACAUUGUGAAUCUGUAGAAAAUCACUGGCCUAGGAACACUGAAAAUGGUUACAAAACCAUUUGUAGAGACUCAUUUUAUAGAAAUCAGAAUAAUUUCUCAAUACUAUUAGAAAACUCAACAAAUAAAUCUUCGUCCAAUGAUUUUAUCUGUGGAGAAAAAUUAAAGUCUCUUCGACUAGAUCCCAGUCCAUCGGUAUCCUCAAUGGACGUACCUUCAUACAGAACACCAGCCCCCGCACCACCGUCUAGUAAACCAGUUCUAACAACUGGAACUUUAUCUAAAAGUGUGUUCCAAAAUGGACCAUAUAAAAAAGCAGAAUGUAAUCUGACUAUUAGCUUAAAGUCCAGGCCAACACUCUCAGAAAAAACUUUCGAUUCUGUAAAUAAACCUGAAAAUUCUUUAUCCUUUGAUCAUCCACCUCCUCCAACUCCACCUCCUAUAUCUUCUAGCAGCAUAAAUUUAAUACCAUCUCCACCGCCACUUAUGACAACUCCAAAUAAAACGUCUUCCAGUAUAAACUCUGAAUUGCCAACGGGUAUUCUGAAAAAGACAUCACAUGAUAAGUUUUCAGAAAGUAUUAAACCGUCUAAAAAUUUAGAAGAUGCUCGGAACCAGGAUAUUUGGUCAGAUCAGCUCUUACUCCCUCCACCCCCGCCUCCAGAGGAAUUUGAAUUAAAUGUUACUGAACCGGCGACUCGGCACUCUAAUUGCCAACAGAAUUCUAAUGGCUAUGACAUUAAUAAUCAUACUGCUUACAAAAGCUUUUCAUUAUCACAGACUGUUAAGAAAACAUCUUUUGAAGAUAACCUUAGAAGGGCAGUAGCUGAACGCCGUCGUCUGAUUGAAAUGGCUUCUGGAGAGGAUGACCAUGAUUCUGAAUCAAUACUUAAUAAAAGUUGUCAUAAUACAACGUAUACAGAGAAUAAUACCAGAACUUUAAAACAACAAGCAGAAAUUGUUUCAUCAAAUGAAAAGUCAUUUAAAACAGCUGCAGAAAAACUACAUUUUCAGACAUUAUCUGGUAUUUUACCAACGAACAAUACUAUUCCUCCACCGGAAAAUUUUAAAGAUUUCGAUAACUCCAUGAACAAAGUUCAUUGUAAUACGGAACUAAAUAAUGACAAAGUUCCAAUAGCAACUAAACCAAAGCUUCCAUUAAUACAACCAUCUUAUACUAAAAACGUAAACACAAUUCAAGGUUCAAGAACUAUUGAACAAAGUAAACUUAAUUCGGUAAACUCAUUGACCAAUAUCAGUUGUAACGGUGCUCAUAAAACUGAUUUGUUGCGAGAGAUCUCGACAUUUAAACAGAACACUGUUACGGAAACGAAAACGAGUUCUGGAAAAUCUAUUGGUCAUCCUAGAUCCACAACACCCUCAUCGCUUCAAUCAUCAUCUUAUUUUAUUUCUGAGGUUCCUAAAAUAAUGUGGUCUACUAAAUAAAAUCAUUUCAAGAAAGUACAGUAAUCUAUCUGUUGAUUAAAUUUCUUUCCUGUUACUAUGUUAAUGAAACAGAUUGUUAAUACAUGCUCAGAUUCUUAUUAUCGUACAAAACUAAGUACUUUUCAGAAAGUCUAUUGUUUUUUUUUUGACAAAUGAUAAAUUGGUCAAGUUGUAAAAAGAACAAAAACAGAAACCAAAUUUAGGCUUGUCAUAACAUAGAAAAUUGUUAACAAUAUCCAAUUAUUUAGUUUUCAUAGAGUGAAAAUGCCUAGUAUUCAUUUGUUCAUCCAAAUAGGCAUGUUCAUUGGGUUAACUAUUUUAGCGUUCAUUUCUUAUUUAACAAUUAUUCAUAUCUAUGAAAUGUUUUACUAUACAAUAAAUACCACAUACCACAUUAUUGAGAAGUGUGAAAUAAUCUCGACAAUUGUUCAUUCAUGUAGUUACUUAUCUUAAUUAAAACCACACAUUAAGCUGUACUGAUCUCAUGAAGUAAUGAUUAAUAUCAAAAAUAACGGAUUUUCAUUCGUUAAUGAUAAAUAAUAAUGUUUUUUUUUUCAAAUUCAAAUAAUUGUUUAUUAAAAGAAUAUAAUUUUUAAUUAAAAUGAAA